AUGUCCAGGCCUGUCCUAAACAAGCUGACCAAGGCUGCUCCACACAAGCCUCCCCAUCCUUCACCACACAAACUUCCCUACACAAGCCUCCCCACCCUUCCCCACACAAGCAUCCCUACACAAGCAUCCCCACCCUUCCCCACACAAGCUUCCCUGCACAAGCCUCCCCAUCCUUCCCCACACAAGCUUCCCUACACAAGCCUCCCCAUCCUUCCCCACACAAGCUUCCCUACACAAGCAUCCCCACCCUUCCCCACACAAGCUUCCCUACACAAGCCUCCCCAUCCUUCCCCACACAAGCUUCCCUACACAAGCCUCCCCAUCCUUCCCUACACAAGCAUCCCCACCCUUCCCCACACAAGCUUCCCUACAGAAGCUUCCCCACACAAGCCUCCCCAUCCUUCCCUACACAAGCUUCCCCACACAAGCCUCCCCAUCCUUCCCUACACAAGCUUCCCUACACAAGCCUCCCCAUCCUUCCCCACACAAGCUUCCCUACACAAGCCUCCCCAUCCUUCCCCACACAAGCUUCCCUACACAAGCCUCCCCAUCCUUCCCCACACAAGCUUCCCUACACAAGCCUCCCCAUCCUUCCCUACACAAGCCUCCCCAUCCUUCCCUACACAAGCUUCCCUACACAAGCCUCCCCAUCCUUCCCUACACAAGCUUCCCCACACAAGCCUCCCCAUCCUUCCCUACACAAGCUUCCCUACACAAGCCUCCCCAUCCUUCCCUACACAAGCCUCCCCAUCCUUCCCCACACAAGCUUCCCUACACAAGCCUCCCCAUCCUUCCCCACACAAGCUUCCCUACACAAGCUCUUCCAUCCUUCCCCACACAAGCCUCCCCAUCCUUCCCUACACAAGCUCUUCCAUCCUUCCCCACACAAGCCUCCCCAUCCUUCCCUACACAAGCUCUUCCAUCCUUCCCCACACAAGCCUCCCCAUCCUUCCCUACACAAGCUUCCCUACACAAGCCUCCCCAUCCUUCCCCACACAAGCUUCCCUACACAAGCUCUUCCAUCCUUCCCCACACAAGCCUCCCCAUCCUUCCCUACACAAGCUCUUCCAUCCUUCCCCACACAAGCCUCCCCAUCCUUCCCUACACAAGCUUCCCUACACAAGCCUCCCCAUCCUUCCCCACACAAGCUUCCCUACACAAGCUCUUCCAUCCUUCCCCACACAAGCCUCCCCAUCCUUCCCUACACAAGCUCUUCCAUCCUUCCCCACACAAGCCUCCCCAUCCUUCCCUACACAAGCUCUUCCAUCCUUCCCUACACAAGCUCUUCCAUCCUUCCCCACACAUGUUGCCUGUCACUGA